AUGGUUGAAGACGGAAAUGGAGAAAGCGAAGUUGCAGCUUUAGGGUUGAUGACAAAUGAGGAGAAGGAAACAUUACGAUGGUUUUUUGAGACAUUCAAAAAAUUUAAUGGCAGAAGUGAAGAUACUAAAUUUUUUAUGACCGAUAAAGAUAUGACAGAGAGACAAGUAAUUAAAAGUAAAAGCAGUAAAAGAGAUUCAACUAAGUUCCAUUUCGACUGCCAUAAUCUAUAUUCAGCUUCUAUAAUGUCAUCAUAA